GUAUUUCUCUAAUUGAAAUGAAUUAACCAGGAAAAGGAAUAAUUAUAAGAGAAUAGGCCUAAAGAAUUAAUAGUAACUUAUAUAGAGACCUAUUGGAGUAUUCAAAUUUAGAACUUAGUAAAAAUCAACAAAAUACAUUUAUUUAAAUUGCAAAAAGUAAAUUAAUAAAUAUUCUUAAUAGUUUAUGCUCUAACAGAUGAUAAGUAAUUUCAAUUAGCAAUUUAAGAGUGUUAAAAAAUUUUGAAAAAUGACCCUUAACAUCUUCAUGCCAUAUAUAGAAAAAGUAUUCAUUUUUUCCUAAGCAGGUGCUGCUUUAUAUGAUUUGGAAGAAUAUUAAGAAUCUACAUCUUGUAUUAAUGAAGCUCUCAAAUAAAAUACUAAUUAUAGUGUAGGUUAUUCAAUAAAAGGUAAUUUUUUGAAUUGUCAUAGGUAUUUCUUUAAAUGGUCUUAAAAAAUACGACGAUGCACUUAUUUGCUAUGAUAAGGCAAUUCAAAUAGAUCCAAAUUACAAGCAUGCCUAUAAUAAUAAAGGUUUUUAUUUUAUAUAUUUUUACAGGUAUUUCUUUAAAUAAUCUUAAAAAAUACGAUGAAGCACUAAUUUGCUAUGAUAAAGCAAUCCAAAUAGAUCCAAAUUACAGCGAUGCCUAUUUUAAUAAAGGUUUUUAUUUUAUAUAUUGUUACAGGUGUUUCUUUAUUAGAUCUGAUAAAAUACAAUGAUGCAUUUAUGUGCUUUGAUAAAGCACUUCAAAUAGAUCCAAAUUACGCAUAUGUCUAUAUAUAUAAGGGUUUUUAUUUUGUGUAUUUUAAUAGGUGCUUUUUUAUUAGAUCAGUAAAAAUAUGGCGAUGCACUCACCUGCUAUGAUAAAGCAAUCCAAAUAGAUCCAAAUGACAGGGAUGCCUAUGGAUAUAAAGGUUUUUAUUUUAUGUAUUGUUAUAGGCAUUGCUUUAUAUGGACUUAACAAAUAUGACGAUGCAAUUAUUUUUUUAAAUAAAGCAAUCCAAAUAGAUCCAAAUUACAGCGAAGCCUAUUUAUAUAAGGGUUUUAUUUUAUGUAUUAUUAUAGGCAUGGCUUUAACAGAGCUGAAAAAGUAUAAAUAAGCUAUCAAUAAUUAUGAAGUAGCAAUUAAGAAUUGUGAAUUUUAAAAAGAGGAAUUUAGAGACCUAAUUUUCCAAAUAUAAAAUAGGAAAUGAAAU